UAAGACUUUGUGAACAAUAAGACAUAUUAUUGAAAUUUUGUUGUUGUUGUUGUUUUCUUUUAUUUCUUGUUACUUUUUAACAACUAAUUUAGUAGUUAUUCGAAAACCCCUUUUGUGAUAUUUUAUUCGGAUUUUUUACUUUUUUAUUUGGAUUAUAAUUUGUAAGUAAUAUGACCAUAUCCGGAGAAGAAAUGGCAACCUCAGCAAUCAAUAAUAUCCAUGAAGAAAACAAUACGUAUAAUUUUCCUGAAAAUAAUACUCCUGUCGAAAACUUGACGCCAAUCCAAAGUUUUUAUAAUGACCAAGUAUUAUUCAUUACGGGUGGAACGGGAUUCAUGGGAAAAAUUAUGUUGGAUAAAUUGUUACGUUCAUGUCCUGGAAUUAAAACUAUUUAUCUUUUAAUUCGUACAAAAAAAGGGAAAAAUGUUGAACAACGCUUAAAUGAAUUAUUUAAUGAUUCGAUAUUCGACUUAAUGAAGAAACAAGUUCCUGAUUUCAAAGAUAAAAUUCAAAUUAUUUCUGGAGACUGUUCAUUAUUGAACUUAGGAAUUCAACCAGAAGAUAGAAAGAAAGUCGUUGAAAAUACAAAUGUGAUAUUCCAUUGCGCAGCUACGGUUCGUUUUGAUGAGAAAUUACCAUUAGCUGUAGCAAUCAACGUACGAGGCACCAAAGAAUUAAUAGAUAUGGCACAUGAUAUGAAAAACCUAAAAGUAUUCGUACAUGUAUCCACGGCAUAUUCAAAUUCUAAUCUUCCAGAAAUUGAAGAAACCUUUUAUAAACCAGGAAUGCCUGCUGAAAAUCUAAUUAAACUCAUUGAAUGUACUGGUGAUAAAUUAGGAGAAGAAAUUGCUCCUAAAGUGAUCGGAACUUGGCCAAACACUUACACUUUUACAAAAGCAGUAGCCGAAGACUUAGUGAAAAGGAAUGGAAAAUCAUUACCUAUGGUUCUGUUUAGACCUGCUAUUGUAAUUGGUACGAGCAAAGAACCUGUAUCAGGAUGGAUUGAUAAUUUGUAUGGUCCUACUGGUAUAGUAGUAGGUGUUGGAGCUGGAAUCAUCAGAUGUUUACAUGCUGAUCCUGAAACUGUUUCUGAUUUGGUUCCUGUAGAUUUAGUUGUCAAUGCAGUGUUAGCUACCGGAUGGAAACGAUCUCAAAUGGGCGAUAUUCAAGAUGUCCCAAUCUAUAACUACGUAUCAUCUCACAGAAAUCCAAUAAAUUAUGGACGUUUUAUGGAAUUAAACAUGAAAUAUGGACGGCAAGUUCCAUCAAUCAAAUCUGUUUGGUGUUACACCAUAACAUUAACAAAAUACAGAUUUGUAUAUGAAUUACUAGCUUUCUUUUUACAUACACUGCCAGCAAUUCUUGUGGAUAUGGGAUUAUUUGUUAUGCGCAAGAAACCAAAAGCAUUGAAAAUUUAUAAAACAAUUAGUAAAUUCAACGAUGUAUUGGGAUACUUUAGUAUAAGACAAUGGAACUUCCACGACGAUAAUGUUGUAGACUUAUGGAAAUCUAUUUCUGAAAAAGACAAAGAAAUCUUCCAAUUUGACAUUACAAAAUUAGAUUGGGAUGUAUUCUUCAAAAAUAAUAUUGAUGGUUUACGUUUAUAUAUGUUUAAAGAUGAUCCAAGCACAUUACCAGAAGCCAGAAAACGAAUGAGAAAAAUUGAAUUCGCACAUGUUUUUAUCAAAUAUGCAGUACUUGGAUUGGUUUUAUAUUGUUUAUAUCAAGCAUUUAGUCUAUUAUUUUAAAUAUAAUAUUAUAGUGGGAGUUCUUAUAUAUAUGUUCUUGUAUACAGCAUUCGAUCAGGUUCAUUUAAACCAUGAAUGGAACGUUUGUGAGAUUGAGAGAGUGAUACGUACCUUAAUGACUGAAAAUUCAAAACUUUAAGCAUAGUUAUAAAAUUUUGAAAUUUUUUUUUAAUAUAUUCGAGUUUAUUGAUAGUUAUGAAUUGCUUACAGCAAUAAUAAUAUGUGUGAUUUAAUUUUUAUAGAAAUUCAUUUCAAAAUGAAAAAUGUUAUUUCAAUAUUUUAAUUUUUAAAUAAGGUCUCAAGAAAACUAGCAAGACUUCAGGCUUGCAUUAUAAAAUAUCGUAUUCCAAAACUUGAAUAGUACAAUUAUAAAAGUAAAAGUCCUUCGUGCAUGAUGUUAUUCAAACAUAGGCGGUAUCCGGAAACUUUAAUAUUUUCUAUCGCUAUGUAUUUAUACCGAGGUUUUCAAUAGCGCACAAGUCUAACAUACGGGUAGGCAUAUAUAAUCGACAGUAAAUUUGUUGGAAAUUUUGUUCCUUUUUCCGUAAUUUGUAAAACAAACAAUUAUAGAUUAAUUAACCUUCAAUCUCAGUUUUGGUCGACCGGAAAAAAUAUCCUUCCAUGCAUCUAAUUGCCUUGUAUUGCAAUAUCAUCAUGUUAAAAACGAAUAACAGAUAACUAAUUUUAUUAUUAAUCAUGAGUUAAUAUUUAUAUUAGUUUAUUACGUUAAAGUUAGGCA